AUGCCACCAAAAUCGCGUCUAUCGUCUCGAGACUUGGUGGAACAAGAGGGGAGGAUCCAACUCGCGAUUUCUGCUUUAAAAAACAACGAAAUCCCAAGUGUUCGUCGUGCAGCGGAGGUUUUUAAUGUGCCUAAAUCUACACUUCAUGACCGACUGACUGGCCACCAUUUUCGAAUCGAACAACGUGCCAAUGGCCACAGGCUAUCUCAAACUCAGGAAGAUGCUUUGAUACAAUGGAUACUAUCUAGGGAUUCACGUGGAGUACCUCCUAGGCCUUCCCAUGUACAGGAGAUGGCUAAUAUUAUUCUUCGAACCGAUAAUCCAACUGGAUACACACCUAUAGGCAAGAACUGGGUAUCAGCCCUUAUCAAACGCCGUGACGAGAUCAGAAGUCAAUUUGCACGAAAAUAUAAUUACGAGCGAGCGAAAUGUGAGGAUCCUAAGGUUAUACAACAGUGGUUUGAGCAACUACAGAAGGUUCGAUUACAAUAUGGUAUCCUAGAUGAGGAUAUCUUCAACUUUGACGAAACGGGCUUUGCAAUGGGCGUAAUAGCUACUACUAAGGUAGUAUCUAGGUCCAAUAUGCCUGGAAAACCUCAUCUUAUUCAACCAGGCAAUCGGGAAUGGGUGACAACAAUCGAGUGUAUCAAUUCAAGUGGUUGGAGUCUUCCUUCAUGCAUUAUCUUCAAAGGAAAGGUCCAUAUUGAAGGAUGGUUUGACGAAGGCCUUCUACCAAGUGAUUGGAGGAUUGAAAUCAGUCAGAAUGGUUGGACAACAGAUGAGAUAGGCCUCCGGUGGCUUCAAAAAGUCUUUAUUCCUUCAACCAGCAGCCGUACAGUUGGUCGAUAUCGAUUGCUUGUUUUAGAUGGCCAUGGAAGCCAUCUCACACCUGCCUUUGAUAAAGCAUGCAGCGACAACAAUAUUAUAGCUAUCUGCAUGCCUCCUCAUUCUUCUCAUCUCCUACAGCCUCUUGAUGUUGGUUGUUUUGGUCCCUUAAAGCGGGCGUAUGGAGGUCUUGUGGAGUCAAAGAUGCGCCUUGGAUUCAACCAUAUUGACAAGCUUGACUUUCUAAAGGCCUAUCCUAUAGCUCGCCAGGAAGUCUUUAAGGCUCAGAACAUUCAAAACGGCUUCGCUGCAGCUGGUAUCUAUCCUUUUGAUCCACAGAGGGUGCUUGAUAAGCUUAAUAUUAAGCUAUCUACUCCUACCCCCCCAGGAAGCCGUAGCGGGCACUCUACAAGCUCCUCAACGCUAGCUACACCUCAUACAAUCCGUCAACUACAUAAGCAGGCUUCCUCAGUCAAGAAGCUACUCAAAAAGGGUUCUCAAAGUCCUUCAACACCUUCAAAACGGGCGCUACAGCAGAUAAUAAAGGGUUGUGAGAUAGCUCUAUACAACGCUGCUAUUCUAGCACAGGAAAACCACGAUCUCCGUAUGGCAAACGAGAAAGAGAAGCAGAAACGAGGGCGAUCAAGGCGCCAGAUGUCUCCUAAUCAAGGCCUUUCUGUACAGGAAGCGAGAGAUCUCAUACACCAGAGAAACGAGCAAGGAGAUGAGAUACAGGAGAUAGCUAUGGGUUCUGCAUCUCUACCUUCCAACGCGCCAAGACGUGCUCCACCAACAUGUUCUAAUUGCCAUAUUCAGGGACAUAUUAGAACUGGUUGUCCUACACGUCUAAAUAUAUAG